AUGGACUUUUAUGCUGAUGUUGUUAUCUUCACAUGGUAUCAGAGCAGGUUUCUGGUGUUGAUUAUCGGGUUUAUUGAUUAUACAUGUGUUAGACCUACUGAGGAUUCUCCUCAGAUUAGACAAUGGGACAGGUGUAACAAUUUGGUUAUUUCAUGGCUUACCAACUCUUUAACCCCAGACAUUGCUGAAAGUGUUCAACAUUCUGACACUGCUGAGAGUAUUUGGAAACAAUUGAAUAACAAAUAUGGUAUUGUUAGUGGUACAAAGGUUUUUGAAAUAAAAAAGGAGCUAGCCUCCACUUCUCAAGGGUGCUUGAACAUAACUUCAUAUUUUAACAAGUUAAAGAAACUGUGGGAUGAGCUUAGGUUUAUGUGUGUGUCUAAGGGCAGUAGUUCUUGCACUUGUGAUGCUAAGGCUGAACUUAAGAAGGAAGAUGAGGAAAACAGGUUGCAUUAG